ACUUCCGGUUGUCAGAAUUUCCCCGAUUCGGCGGCGGCCGAGGGAAAGCUGAGUGGUCCCAGGUCGCCGCGGCCCGGGUGGUGGUGGGCUCCGGGCGGGCUCACGUCAUUUUGCCCCCGCUGCGAUGCAUCCGCGGCGCCCGGACGGAUUUGAUGGCUUGGGCUAUCGGGGUGGUGCCCGGGACGAGCAGGGCUUUGGCGGCGCUUUCCCAGCAAGGUCCUUCAGCACCGGGUCGGACCUGGGCCACUGGGUGACGACUCCCCCAGACAUCCCCGGCAGCCGCAACCUGCACUGGGGCGAGAAGAGCCCGCCCUAUGGCGUGCCCACCACCUCCACCCCGUAUGAAGGCCCUACGGAGGAAGCCUUUUCCAGUGGCGGCGGCGGCGGUGUGCAAGGGCAGAGCAGCGAACAGCUGAAUAGAUUUGCUGGAUUUGGCAUUGGACUUGCAAGUCUCUUUACAGAAAAUGUAUUGGCACAUCCUUGCAUUGUUCUACGCCGUCAAUGUCAGGUUAAUUACCAUGCUCAGCAUUACCAUCUCACUCCAUUUACAGUCAUCAAUAUAAUGUACAGUUUCAACAAAACUCAGGGACCUAGAGCCCUAUGGAAAGGAAUGGGAAGUACAUUUAUUGUCCAGGGAGUCACACUUGGAGCAGAAGGCAUAAUUAGUGAAUUUACACCUUUGCCAAGGGAGGUUUUACAUAAAUGGAAUCCUAAACAAAUAGGAGAACACCUUCUACUGAAAUCCCUAACUUAUGUGGUGGCAAUGCCUUUUUAUUCAGCAAGUCUGAUUGAAACAGUGCAGAGUGAGAUAAUUCGAGAUAAUACUGGCAUUUUGGAAUGUGUUAAAGAAGGAAUUGGAAGAGUGAUAGGCAUGGGAGUGCCUCAUAGCAAACGACUUCUUCCGCUUCUUUCCUUGAUCUUCCCUACGGUGCUUCAUGGAGUUCUUCAUUAUAUCAUCAGCUCAGUUAUUCAGAAGUUUGUCCUACUAAUUCUAAAGAGAAAGACUUAUAAUAGCCACCUAGCUGAGAGCACUAGCCCUGUGCAGAGUAUGUUGGAUGCUUAUUUUCCAGAACUUAUUGCUAACUUUGCUGCCAGUCUUUGUUCUGACGUUAUACUUUACCCAUUGGAAACAGUUUUGCACCGCCUUCACAUUCAAGGAACACGCACAAUAAUUGACAAUACAGACCUUGGCUAUGAAGUGCUUCCAAUUAAUACACAGUAUGAGGGAAUGAGAGACUGUAUCAAUACCAUAAGGCAGGAGGAAGGAGUGUUUGGUUUUUAUAAAGGGUUUGGUGCUGUUAUAAUACAGUACACACUGCAUGCAGCUGUUUUACAGAUUACCAAAAUUAUUUACUCUACACUUCUUCAAAAUAACAUUUGAGAUUUAGGUUCCUUCACUGAGUAGUCUGGAAGAUAGAAUCUGGAUAAUUUGCUGUGAAGUUAUGAGGGAUAGAAGCAAAAUACUGGGGAAUAAAACAGAUUGGAAAGUAAAAUUGGUACAAAAGCCCAUGCUGAUUAUCUUGACUUUGUUUUUUAAGGCAUAGGUAUAUAUUUUGGAUCAAAACUUCCAAAUUUGAAAAUGCAAAUUUAAUAAGUGUUAUGAAAAUAACACUUAAAUUCUAGUUAUUGUAGCACUUAUGCUGAAGUAAACAUGAUCCUAGGCAGAAGCAAAAUUUUAUUAUAAAAUAUAAAACUUUAUAGAGUUGAAUCUAUUCCAUCUGACUUAAAUAUUUGUUAAAUGUUUAUUUUACCUUCUGGAUUGAUGUUGGUAUAGUAUCCUUAAUACACUGUAGUGUAUUGAUGUCCUUAAUACAAUCAGGAGGUUUUUACCUUUAAGCAAAUAAAUUCCAUCAUUGUUGAAAAAGACUUAAGGGAUGAUUAGAUUUGGCAGUAUGUAAUCAGGAGUAUAAAGGUUUUAAAUUGCAUUGUCCCUGUAUAACUAUUUUAAUGGCUAGAUAUAUAUAUUUUAUAAAGCCAUUUAUGUACACACAUAAAACUUGGAAUUUCCUUCAUCCCUACAAGUUUUCUACACUUACAUCACCUUAUUACAUUAAACAGAGUCAUGAACUUCCUGCUUGAACAUCAAAAUAUCAAAAACCAAGGUACCCAAAAGAUGCAAGUCAGAUACAACAUCCUUGUCCAUAGCCAAACCCAGUGUUACAGUGCUAGCAACUUAAUUUGUCAUACAUUUAUAGACUUUGGUUUGCUUUGUUAACUGUGUGAAUCAUCAGUGGCUGUUUUUAGAGCCACUCUUUAGAGAGAAUAUAAAAUAAUCAUGACGAUUACUACUGUUUCCACAUUUACAAAGUGUGUACUUAAAUGAACCUCAUUUGCCUUUUAUUUCUGAACGGCUUGUCUGAGAGGAAACAAAAUUAAAAUUCAUCUGAGAAUUUGUGCCUCAUCUACUAUCUAGUUGUCACUAAAUAACGGCUUCUGUUUUCCUUUUCUUUGAAUUUUUGCUUUAAGUUUUUGUUUUCCAAACUAGAUGUACAUGAAGGGAAAAACAAUUAGUCUUAUCACCUUUUAUUUAAACUUCUUUAGAUGAGUACUAAAGAAAAAUCCAAACCUUAAAGAAAAUGUGCCCUUGUGUUUUAUGGGUGAGGGGGAAAAGUACAUUUCAACGUAUAAUAAGAAAAAAAAAUCAGUUUAAUAAGAACAUGUCUGUUUCUAAAUUUAAUUUGGUGGGUUAAGCACUUUGUAUAGUAAAAUGAUAUGUGUUUACUCUAUCAUUCGACAUGUUAAAGUUUCAUUUCUUCACAUAAAUAAUCACAGUUGUAAAACGAACGAUUUGGUACUCUGAAACACAGUGACUUUGCACUGAUAUUGUCCAAUCAAGAGUGCAUACUAACUGAAAUUUAUUUUACUUGCUAAAGGUCACAGUAAUGGUUACUUUUUGUGACUGGUAGUGUUGGAACAAAAAAGUGAUAUCCAAAAUGUGUAAAAACAGUAAUAAGUAGCAAAUCUCUUGUGUGUGUGUGUGCGUGUGUGUGUGUGUGUGUGUGUGUGUAAUUACUGAAACACCUACAUUUUCCAUUUUUAAAUUCCACCAAGAGGGAGAAAAUAAAAUUAAACACCACUUACCACAUUUUGUAUUUUAUGGCAAAUCUUUUAGAUUGAGGUUUACUUUGUCUAACCAAUAGCAUUUAAAUUGCUUCAAUUAGGGUAGUUUCAGAUAAGAGUAAACAAGAAAAUUUCAAGUUUGAAAAUUUCUAGAAAAGCAUCUGAAUAGAAUCAAGUCUUUACUAGUAAACAUCUGUAGGAUCCUUUAUUUAGCUAAAAAUUAAAUAUUUCAAGAUUAUUUGUUGGAAGUUAGCAUGAAAUAGUUACAUAAAUUCAUUUUAUUGUGGAAUAAUUAUAAGAGUGAUAGGCUGAACCACACACAAGUAAGGUUGAUCUUGUUUUCCUUUUUGGAGGAAGAGAAUACAAAUUUACACUAGAAUUGAAAUGUAGAAAGUAAAAUACAUAGAAUUUUUUUACUGCCAUUCCAGAAUAGUUGAAACAAAAUCUUGAACAGUCAAGCACUUAAAUUUAAGCUAGCCAAAUAUGUUGCACUGAAUUUUGAAAAGAAUAAGUGAGAUACCCAUAAGAUAUACUCUUUCCCUUUUAAGAAUUGUUAUUUUUCUUUAACAUAGGUGCCAAAUCAAAUAUCCAUGGGCUACACUUCUUAAGAUAAUAACACUCAAAAUAAUAUUUUGUUAAUUCAAUAGUACUAAAAGCAUUAUGGAAAAGAUUCUAUUAAAUGUUCCACAGGCCCCCUGGUCCUCGUAUAAGCCAGAUUUUGGCCACUGAGCUUGUGAUACACUCGCCUUACAUUGUAGGGUUUCUUAAUUUGAGUCAAGUACACUGAAAGCAUUUCAAAACUGGUAAAUAUUAAUUUACUAUCUAAAGUGAACUUAUGAAUUAACUUACUAAACACAUAUAUGUAGACCUUCCUGAGAUGUCAUUCUCAAUUUUAUAUUAUGGACCCUUAAAAAAAUUAUCUGGGUUAAUAAGAUUAUUUAUUAAAGCCUCCAAAAUCUCAGCACUAAGUUUUAUAAAUAUGAAAUAGAAACAAGCUAAUUUGAAAAUGCAUAUUUGAUACAUUAGCUGGUGUUUUCAGAACCAUAUAGAACUGGAGAGAUGAGAUCUUGCUUACUUUUGCAGGUGUACCUGACUACUCACAACUGUCCUCUCAGCUGUGGCUUUGUUAAAACUGCACAAAGCAUUCACUUUAUUGAUUGAGCACAAAUGCUUUAGUGUUUCUAUGUAUUAGUAUAUCUGUUCAGGAAAUUUAAAAAAUGCUGCCUUGUAUUUGUUUUAUCAACUGAGGUUGUGGAGGAUGUUUGUCCACUGAUCUCUUGAAACAGGACUACUUUGUCUGCCUCUAAUAAGAUAGCCAGGUUUGAAUUAUGCUCAAAAUUUAUAUAAGCAAAUAAAGUCUCUUGAUAACAAUUCUUGAUAACACUGCACUAGAAUUUGAAUGAUACUGUCAGCAUUUCCAUUUUCUCUUUCAAGUAGUUGUAAAUAAUCUUUUCCUCAUAUAAACUGAAUGUGUAAUGUCUUACUCUUGAGUCAUUUGUGUCAUUGAUGUGGUACCAAGUUGUAUAGCAGAGUAACAAAAACAUGAUUUGACAAUGAAAUUUGCUUAUUAUUGCCUCACCUAGAGAUGUUUUGUCUGUAUGACUUUUUUUUUUUUUUUUUUUUUUUUUAAGUUUGUCUCACUGUUACUUUAAACAUUUUGGGUAAAUUGUGUAAUAUGAAAAGUUCAAUAAAAUGUUGAAAUAAAA